UGUCCUACACAUGUCCUACAUAGUUGUCCUAAUUUUUUGUACGGAAGAUUUCGUUCUGUCAAAGUUAUAAUUCUAGUUAAUUAUUUUAUGGUGUGGACCUUUGGUUAUUUAUAUGGGUUAUUUAUAACACAACAUAGUUUUUGUAUUAUUAAUAUAUACGCCAAAAAAUGGACGAAGAAAAAAAUUUGUUAAUAUCACUGAUUUUUCCUGAAGGUUAUACAAUUGAAGAGGAUUAUCAAGCUAAUUUUAAAAAGUACUUAUCUUUACUAGGAAAAUACAAAGUCGAAGAAUUAUUAAAAGAACCGCAACAUGUAAAUGUGGAGUAUAAUAAUAUUCAAGACCAGACUCAAGAUUUAGCAGUAACAAAUUAUAAAACGUUUAUUGAAACGUCCGAGUGCUCUAAGGAACUUUUUAGCCAAUUUAAUAUGAUCGAACAUAAACUUAACAACCUAUUAAUUGACAUCCCACAAUUUCAAGAAAAAUCUACCAAUUUUAGUAAAGAAACGGGCCAAAUAAACCAUUUAAGAAAGUUGAAUUCCUUAACUCUUACAAGAAAUGCACAAUUGCUAGAAAUUUUAGAACUGCCCCAAUUAAUGAAUUCUUUUAUAAAUGAUGGAUUAUAUGAAGAAGCCUUGGAGCUAGUAGCCUAUGUUAGAAAAUUAUGUACAAAAUAUAGUGACAUUCCUAUUUUUAAGAGUAUUCUUAAAGAUGUAAACGAUGCAUGGUUUUUAAUGUUACACCAGUUAUUGUCUCAGUUAAAGCAAGAUUUAACUUUAUCAAAGUGUAUUCAAAUAGUGGGUCAUUUAAGACUUAUGGAGAUUUUUACAGAAUUAGAGUUAAAACUUAAAUUCUUGCAAGCUAGAGGAUAUUGGUUGGAACAAUGUUUAAAGUAUAUUCCUAGAGAAGAUCCUACACACCACCUUAAAAGGACCAUAGAAUUGACAAGAGUAAAUUUAUUUAAUAUAAUAACACAGUACAAAGCAAUUUUUAAUGAAGAUUAUAGUCCAAUAAAUUCAAUAAAGAGUGAUGUAAAUGAGAACAACAUAUUUUACUCUUGGAUUAAUGAUAGAAUAUCUGACUUUUUAGUUACUUUAGAAGAGGACUUGAAAUACAGUGUUUUAACAGAAGCUAUUAUGGAACAGUGUAUGUAUUUUGGAUCAUCUUUUGGUAAAGUGGGCUGUGACUUCAGAUUAUUAUUAAUUCCAAUAUUUACUAAACAAAUUAGUGAAAAUUUUAAAGCCUCUAUUUCAAAAGCACUGACCACUUUCGGAAGAAGUAUUGAGAACUUUACAUUGAUAAAUAAACACUUGCCAAAUAUUCCUUGGAGAAAUAAAGAUGGCGAUCCACUUCAUCCUCCAGAUAGUUUGUUGGAGUUUUACCCCUUAGCUGAAUAUUUAAACAAUGUUUUAAGAACCUUUAAUGCAUUUAGAGUUUUUGCUCCAAUAACUCUUCUAAAUGAUGUGACAAAUACCCUGGAAAAUUCUUUAAUUGCGAUAGCAAAAUCUAUAGUAAGAUUACAUUCACAAGAACAACAGGCCUUUACAAACAAUUCAAAGGACGCAUUUACAAGACUCUGUAUGACCUUUUCUGAUGAUUUAAUUCCAUAUAUUCAAAAAUGCAUUCACACAAUUUUUCCAUCUAAUAAAAUUGCAAAUAAAUUAGGUGUUAGCAUUCAAGUUUUGGAAGAAGAGAAUAUCUCAUUUUUAAGGAGAGACUUAAUAGUUGAUUGUAUUAAACAUUUUUUACCUCCCAAAGUUGAACCAAACUUUGAUACAAAAGAAUUUAAUCAGAACAAAUUAAAUACAGAAAACUUGCAUGAACCUAUUCAAUUAGAUGGUUCACCUGAGGCUUAAACUUGUUACUGUUAGAUAUGUUAUAUAUUAACAAUGUGCUUAUUUAUUUAUGUAUUGUUUUUAAAUAUAUAAAAUAAACUUUGUUAUAGUAAGCAUGCUA